AUUUUGAAAGUGUGAAAGCGGAAGUGUAGUAUUUACCACCUGAAUAGUAAUUUUGCUCUGUGCGUGAGAAAAGGAAGAAAAGAGGGCUGCCUAUAGUGAAGCGGUGCUCGUCUGGAAGGAGGGUUCGAGGUACUUUUUCAUUAUUAUUGUUCACACAGUCUGUCCGUUUACACCUCCUUAUACUGGCGAGAGGUUGAACGGCUAAAAUGGAGGCGGACAGAUCCGGCGGAGGACCAAACCCGAACUCCGGAGGCGGCGGCGGCAGCAGCAGUGGAGCGGGGCGCAACCCAAACGGGCCCAAAGCAGCACCGAGCCAGGCGACAUCAGCUGCGGCGACCGGGGCGAUGGCAGCAGCAACGGCGAUGGCAGCAGCAGCAGCAAUGCCCGGGUCGUCGCAGAAUCGGGAGCUGCAGGACGGUGACCCUGGAAUGACGCUUCCUGGGAUCCUGCACUUCAUCCAGUACGAGUGGGGACGCUUCCAGGCCGAGAAAUACCGCUGGGAGGCUGAGAGAGACGAACUCAGGGCUCAGGUAGCAUUCCUACAGGGGGAGAGGAAAGGGCAGGAGAAUAUGAAACAAGACCUGGUGAGGCGGAUCAAAAUGCUGGAGUACGCCCUCAAACAAGAGAGGGCCAAGCACCAGAAGCUGAAGACAGGAAAUGACCAGAGUCCUGGAGACAAGAAACCAGAAACAGAGGCAGACCAACUUCCCAAUGGGCCAGCUGAGUCUGACUCUGAGCCAGCCAAUCAGAUGUCCUGGAAGGAGGGACGUCAGCUACUACGCAAAUAUCUAGAGGAGGUGGGUUAUUCAGACACCAUCCUGGACAUGCGGUCGAAGCGUGUGCGCUCAUUGCUCGGGCGUAGCAGUCCCGAGGCUAACGGGCCUCCACCCAGUGACGCCUGUCCCGAGCCAGAGCCCCGAGCAGGGGGAGAGUCGUUGCUGGUCAGACAGAUAGAGGAACAAAUAAAGAGGAACGCAGGUAAAGAAAGCUCCAAGGAACGUCUGGGCGGCUCGGUGCUUGAUAAGAUCCCCUUCCUUCACGGUUGCGAGGACGACGACGAAGAUGACAGUGACGAAGAAGACGACUUCCAGGGCAUGACCACAGACUGCAUUGACGGACCACGAAAGAACAAAAAGUCUCGUGUAAAGAUGGGUUCAGAGCCCAUGACCACAGACCUGGACCCCGAGGACGAGGAGGACGAAGACGACUCGGAAGACGCCCUCAGUGAAUUUGACUUCCUGGGCUCUGGGGAGGAUGGGGAGGGGGCGGGAGAGGCACGGAUUUCGGGGGACGGACGGGAGCUAGAGAACCGCAGGAACAAGUUACAAGGCAUGAUGUCGGACUUCCCCCCUAAACCCAGCCCGCCCCCCUCUGUAUCGGGACAGGCUCGCUCCGGGGAAGGAGGCGCCCUUGGUUUCUCCUCAGACGUCUUCAUCAUGGAUGCAGUCGGAGGAGGAGACAUGAACCUGGGUGAACUGGCUGACCUCACUGUUGCCAAUGAUAACGACCUGUCCAUGGAUAUGCAAGAUAACAGAGAAGAGUUUAAGAAGACGUGGAACCCCCGCUUCACACUACGCAGCCACUUCGAUGCCAUCCGCGCUCUGACCUUUCACCCCAGCCAGGCGGUGCUACUCACAGCGUCCGAGGAUGGAACGCUAAAACUGUGGAACCUCAACAAGGCCAUGCACUCGAAAAAGAACGCAGCGUUGGACGUGGAACCGAUCUACACAUUCAGAGCACACAGUGGAGCUGUUCUGUCCCUGACCAUGGGCGAAGACGGAGAGUCAUGCUACAGUGGAGGACUAGACGGAUCUGUCAGAUGUUGGAAGAUGCCAGACCUCAACGUGGAUCCUUAUGACAACUACGAUCCAGGCAUUGAAAGCAGCGUACUCGCCGGUCAUGAGGACAGUGUGUGGGGUCUAACCUACUCCGCCGUUCACCAUCGUCUUGCUUCAUGCUCAGCUGAUGGCACCAUUCGCAUCUGGGACCCUCAGAACUCAUCGCCCUGCCUGUCCGUCUUCAACAAAGAGAGAGAGCACGGAACACCCACCUCAGUGGCAUUCGUGGCUACUGACCCAAACCAGGUGGUGGUGUCAUACGACGUAGGUGAGACGCUGCUCUACGACCUCAACACAGAGCAGAGCACCAUGGCACUAGAGACACAGACCAAGGAUGGCAGUGAGCUCAUCAACCGUGUGGUCAGUCACCCGUCUGAGUCCGUCUCCAUCACUGCACACGAAAAUCGCACCAUCCGUUUCCUCGACAACAAGACAGGUAAAGUGGUUCACUCGAUGGUAGCUCAUCUGGAUGCUGUCACCUGUCUCACUACAGACCCUAAAGGCACUUACCUCAUCUCUGGCAGCCACGACUGCUCGGUGCGCCUGUGGAUGCUGGACAACAGGACGUGCGUGCAGGAGAUCACGGCUCACAGGAAGAAGCACGACGAGGCCAUCCAUGACGUCGCCUUCCACCCCUCACAGCCCUUCAUUGCCAGCGCUGGCGCAGAUGCACUUGCCAAGAUCUUUGUCUGACAGCAGAGUCGUCGUGUUGAUUUCUACUAAAACAACAGGGCCAGAAGACCCUGAAGACUACAGUGGACGUAUUCCACCUGCUUACACACACUCUCACACUCUCACACACUCGUCCUGCACCCCACUGGCUGGGUCAUCGCCACAGGACGCGCCCUCUCCUCGUAAUCCCUCCCUGUCCUCUGAUGCCUCAGUGACUUCUUGUAAUACUAACCACACUGCUUUUUUAUAACUUUAAACUCCCGGCUGCUCUGUUUUCCAACACUUUUCUACACUACAAUAUCUUUUUCUGCUCCCUUUUUUUUUUGGGUCAGUAUACCAACUGUCGCGAAGCACCUUGUGUGUUUUGUUUUUGUGCGCUUGAACUGCUAACACACUACCCAUAUAACACGGACUACUACGGAGGAAACACGCACUGCACAUCACGUAUCAACACAUGUCAUGUGAAAUCUUUUUUUAGGUAGUUAACAAAGUGCUUGUGGCUAACACACAUACGAAAGCAUGACUAAAAACAGAAACAUUUCCCAGUGUGGGCAGAGAAACACCUGACUAACCUCUUCAUUGGGAAUCAAUGUAUUACAUUCCAAAGAUACUGGCGGAUAGAGUGUGUGUUUUGAGAACUAAGCUGUGUGUGUGCGUGUGUGAUGUGAGGAGUCGCUAGCCAGUUGCUAACUAGUGUUUGAACCAAUAGCUUUAAUUUCAACUUAACGGCCAACACACCAAGUCACACUGUUUGUUUGAGUACCUUAGCGUCCCUAUGACUCUGCCUCUGAUUAAGUGUGUGUUGGACUGAAUGUCACUCUGCUGUACAAUGUAAUCAGCACAUUUCCAGUAUCAUGAUCUAUUUCUACAGUAUGUACAGUAUUGAGCUCCACUCUGCAGACUGAUGCUAACACUCUCUUUGCUUUUUACUUUACAUAAGAGUGGGCAUGUGUGAGUGUGUAUGCACUAGUUAAAUCACGGUGCUAUGAAAGACCUUGUUAGUCUUGAGUCAGAAUCAGGGACCUGUUAUAUGUGUGUUUGUGUGAAACUCACUGGCCUCUAGAUCCACAUUACCUUUUGAAACCACAUGUCAUGGUUGAAUCAUUUCAUUAUCCGUCGUCACAUUUUAGAAUCACAGUCACAGUUCAGGUCUCUCAUCGGAGGGAUUCCUUUCAGGCUUGAGGAGAGUGUAUAGAGUUAUCUUUACUGUAGAGCGAGGACCACCUGACUGGAAAAGUCAGUCCUUCAUUGUCGUUUCAUCUAGGAGUGGGUGCCAGUUUGCAGGCAGGGCUUGAUGUUAUUUAUUCAGGCUUUUAAAGACAGAAAAAGCCUGACAAAGAACCUUGCUCUUCUUGUUUGACGUGCAUCAGUUGCGCAUAUUGUAGCACAUUAUCCAGAGAGCUGAGGGUGGGAAGCUGGUUUACUCUUUCUGAAAAGAGAAGCAUGCUGGGAGAAAUAGCUCCUGUGUAAUAAAAAAAAGAGAGAGAGAGUCCAAUAAAAUUCAGCUACUUUGUCAUUUCAGAAGAAAAAGAAAGCUGUGUGUGGAUGUCCGUCCCUCACGUCCAGCUCUAUCUGGGCCCCUUAAUGGCUGAUCUGAGUUCCAGUUAUUUCACAGAUGAUUUGAAUGAACUUACUUCAGGAGAUUGAUCAAAUCUGGAGUAAAAUCAGUUCUUUAAGGGUCACCCUCUACCUCUUGAAGAUUACAGGGUCACACAAGAGGUCAGAGGUCUCUUCCAAGGGUUCAGAUGAGCCAAGAGGUGAAUAAUUUGUGACACUAGUGCUCGAAGUUCAGAUUUUUCUUAUUGCUGAAACAGGGUGGUGGAGAAAAAACAAGAGAACAACCAGGUGCGACUGUAUUAUUGUACCUUUGCUGCUCAUUUGGCUCCACUUUGCACUACAUCGUAUAGUGGAUGCUCUUGCUGUGGAGCGGUAAGAAACAGGGUGCAGAAAUCAUGAUCUGCAAGUAUUUUUACUACAAUCUGGAGUGUAUACUACACGGUUUGAGCCUGUUAGAGCUCAGUUAUAACACAGAGAGUCACUGAUGCUUUCUGAUCUAUUGUUUUCCCUAAAGACAAAUCAGUACGACACAUCAAAAAAGAAAAAGAAAUCGAAACAGAGGUUGUAAAUGAUGACUGGAGAUGCCAUUACGUGCUGUAAAUGUCCAUCAUUUCCUUGUUUUUCUUUCUUGCAUUUCUUUCGUUUGAUUAUGACUAUGAUUAUUAAGAUGUAAGAAUACUGUAGUAUCAUAAGUGAAUCAUUCUUCCUUGCUAGGCAUAGAUCUUGCUUGUGAUUGAUAAUGGCAAUGUAUAACUUGUAAAAAAGCAAAAUGAUUAAAAAACGUGAAAAAUUCAGAAAAAAAGUGGGAAAAAAAAAUCUGUUACCAGUCAGAGGCCAAGGUAAAGGACUCUCAUUUCUUUGUGUUUUUAUUUUUUUAUUAGCAAUUUAUCACUGUGUGAUAUUUUGUACAUCAUAUUAAGCUGUAUUCAAACUAUUUCCUCCAACUACAAGGGAUGAGAGACCUGCUUUUUAUUGAUUUUGUUUUAUUAUAUAUUUUUGAACUGCAUUCUAGCUUGUAUCAAAUGACUUUCUCUUUUUGUUUACGGGUCCCCUGUUGUAUGUCAUUAAGGAAGAAAAAACAAAAAAUGAAGAUUUUGUACAGUGAA